AUGGCGCCCAUCACACAAGAGACCGAUUACCUCGUCCUUGGAGGCGGCAGCGGUGGCCUAGGCUCCGCCCGUAUGGCCAGCUUCAAGUUUGGUGCCAAGACUCUGAUUGUCGAGAAUAAGCGUCUCGGAGGAACCUGUGUCAAUGUUGGAUGCGUCCCCAAAAAGGUGACACACAACGCGGCAUCCAUUGCCGACACCAUCCACGAAUCCAAGUCGUACGGCUUCUCGGUCGAGCACACAGCCCCCUUUAGCUGGCCGACCUUCAAGGAGAAGCGCGACGCCUACAUUGCGCGGCUCAAUGGCAUCUACGAGCGCAACCUGGCCAGGGACAAGGUCGAGUACCUGCACGGGUGGGGUAAGCUGGUGUCCAAGAAUCAGGUGGAGGUGACCAAGGACGACGGGAGCAAAGUUCUCGUCAACGCCAAGAAGAUCCUCAUCGCGGUAGGCGGCAAGCCCAACCCGCCGCCGCAGAUACCCGGAGCGGAGCACGGCAUCAACAGCGACGGCUUCUUCGACAUCGCCACGCAGCCGGGCAAGGUGGCGGUGGUGGGGGCGGGGUACAUUGCGGUCGAGCUGGCGGGCAUGUUCAACGCGCUGGGGACGGAGACGCACCUGUUCAUCCGGGGCGAGACGUUUCUGCGUAGCUUCGACCCGAUGAUCCAGGAGACGGUCACCAACGAGUACGAGAAGCAGGGCGUCAAGGUGCACAAGAAGAGCCAGGCGACCAGGCUCGACAAGGGCGCCGACGGCAAGCUGACAGUGACGUACCGCGACGACGACGGCGUCGAGUCGGUCGUGUCGGGCGUCGACCACCUCAUCUGGGCCAUCGGCCGCACCCCGGAGACCAGGGGCAUCGGGCUGGAGGAGGUGGGCGUCAAGCUGUCGGACAGGGGCUACGUCAUCGUCGACGAGUACCAAAACACGAGCGUCGACGGCAUCUACGCCCUGGGCGACGUGUCGGGCGAGGUGAAGCUCACGCCCGUGGCCAUCGCCGCCGGCCGCCGCCUCGCCCACCGCCUGUUCGGCCCGCCCGAGUUCGCCAACGCCAAGCUCGACUACACCAACAUCCCGUCCGUCGUCUUCUCGCACCCCGAGGUCGGCAGCAUCGGCCUCACCGAGCCCCAGGCGGUCGAGAAGUACGGCAAGGACGCCGUCAGGAUCUACCAGACCGGCUUCGUCGACAUGUACUACGCCAUGAUGGAGCCCGACGACAAGGUCCAGACAAAAUACAAGCUCAUCGUCGUCGGUCCCGAGGAGAAGGUCGUCGGCCUGCACAUUGUGGGUAGGAGCAGUGCCGAGAUCCUGCAAGGCUUCGGCGUCGCCGUCAAGAUGGGUGCCACCAAGGCCGACUUUGACAACUGUGUGGCUAUCCACCCUAGUGCUGCUGAGGAGCUGGUCACUCUUACGUAG